AAUCAUUCAACAGCCUUCUCAUACAUUCUUAGUGCAUCCCGUCCACCAAAGAAAGCACUCCACGUCCAUCAUGUUGAGCUCACUUGCCUCUCAGAUCCUCAUGUACGGCCUACCGGUACUGGCAUCCAGUGCUGCCGCUCAUGCUCGUCCCCUCGCCGGCCGGGGAACGCCCAUGAGCUGCUCCACGUCGAACGAUGGGUACCUUACCGGCAGCCUCGUCGUCAGACCAAUCGGCUUGAACACCAAUGACGGUCAGACCACCGGAGACACCACGUAUGUUGGUACCGUUCCUGGAGUUACUCACAACGGCAUUGAUGGAGAAGCAGCUUCCAUCUUGGUGACCAAGAAUUCAGACGGCACUCCUGUGGCCCCCCAAGAAUGGGAGUUUGUGCCCUGCACCGACGACACGGGACCUCCCCCUCCUGGCUACGUCGCCCCUUCUGACGGGCCCAGCAAUCUGUCCUAUGGCAUCGUCCGACCCAAGGGUGCUUCGCAGCACUGCUUGACAAUCGAAAGCAACAGCGAUACCAGCGCUGGAGAUCGCAAUUCGAUUUUAGAUUCGAACUGUACCUCCGUUGGCGAAGUCUUCCGAAGCUGGGUUCUGCAGAACUACAUCUAUGGAACCUCCGACUACGGACAAUUCCUGUUUUUUCAGGCGGACAAUUUGACUUCUGUCGUCAGCAACACGGCCCACGCUGAGCUGCAAUUCGUCACCAAUGCGACGACUGCAUCUCUCGCCGGACGACAGGCCAUGCAGUUGAUUCUUGUGCCCUGGACGUCUGUAGAAAAGUAGACACCGCAGGCUACCAACGGACCAAGAAUUAACGAAGGUCCUCACAAGCAGACGCACACCUGGCCGUCUGCGCAGCUGUAGAUUGGAGAAGUGCUUUUGAGAAGACCGACCCCCAGACAUGCCGUAC